AUGGCCGACACUGGCGUAAACGUAGGAACAAACGCGGGAAGGGUAAACGUACCUGAAGCCACCGAAGAAACACCGUCACUUGUACUCGCACUCAAACCGGACGCUGAAGAAAAUAAAGGUUAUGGUGCCCCGCUAGCAGAAACGCCCGGAACCGAAGAAGAAACGUGCGAGGAGGCGUUGCUCUGGAUCGAUGAAAUGAUGGCGGGAAUGGAGUUUCCCGAUUGCCCGAACCACAGCCUCGGUGAGAGAGUCAGCCAACUGAGGCGACCAAGAACUAGAAGCCGUACUCGUCAGAGGACUUUCAGACGUUGCCGUCGAUGGAAGGGAGUCUUCGGUAGGAAAGCCCGCGGAUAAGCUGUUGUUGGUCGAGCGAGAUGGACGCGGCAUUACAAAGGACAACAAAAAACUCUCCAGCCGAGGACGAACCACAACAGGAACUACGAGGAACGCGUACCCAACUGUCGAUUACUGA